AUGCCUGACCGAUCUGGGGCAAUGCCGGAGGCAAAACGGUUUUCUAUGAGAAUUUUAACUGGAAACAAUGCAGAACAGGAUGUCCUCCCCGACAAUUUGGUCGAGAAGUCCCACGUAAUGCUCCGUGAAGCAGCAUUUGCAGUGUUUCAUGAUAAGCAAAUUAGUUAUACCCUGGAAGAGCUUUUUAGGUGCGUUGAAGACAUCUGCGCCCAGAAAAUGGUGCCCACUUUGUAUGAAACGCUUGAGUCUCUGUUUACUGUCUACGUUAACGAAUUGCUGCCAAAUUUCUUAAAAUAUCCUUUUUCACAUUAUGACAACCUAACGCAAUGGCACUUAACUAAUACGAAGUUGGACCUGAAAUGUGUUUCGGACACCUGGGAAAUGUACUGUCAGAAAAUGGUUAGUCAAGCUCUUAUAUCGGUUACCUUUUUUGUCAUUGGUACUAAAAUGCUGAUGAUACGCAGUAUUUUUAUUUUCAUGGAUCGAAAGUUACCAAUUGUUAACCCAAAGUAUCUCUCAUUGUGGGACUUGGCACUAAAUCUAUUCCGCGAAAAUAUUGUGAUGCACGAUGCCGUCCAAACCAGAGUCCUUAAACACGUCCUCGAUCUGAUUCGUCAAGAGCGCUGCGGAACUAACGUUGACAGAAUUCUACUUAGAUCUGUUAUUCGAAUGUAUUCUGUCUUGCACCUUUAUCAGGUGCACUUCCAGGGACCUUUCCUUCGUCAAAGCCAACAGUUCUACGCCGAAGAGGGCGAAACCUUGUCAAAACAAAUGUCGGUUUGUGAUUACCUCCAUCAUGUCGACAAACGCAUCGUCGAAGAAGAGGAUAGAUUAAAGGCCUACCUUAAUGUCAACGUUACUCGUUCGGCUCUCAUGUCAACUCUUGAUACUGAACUUAUUUCGAAACGUCUGCCUUAUCUUACCUCAGCUAGUCCAAAUUUAAUUGAGGACCAAAAGCUCCAGGAACUUCACCUUCUUUAUAAACUUUUAUCAAGAAUACAAGGUGGUGUAGAUGAACUGAGGGUGGAGUUCAAGCGUCAUAUUAAACAAGUUGGAGCUGAGAUAGUUGAGAAUCCACAAAAACUGCCUGAGAAGGACAAAAUGAUGAUCCAACGCUUGCUUAGCUGGAGGGAUGUCCUAUUAGAAAUAAUUACGAAGGGGUUCCGUGCUGAUGCGUCUUUUCAGCGGGCGUUGCAGGAGGCGUUUGAGGAGUUUAUUAAUCACCGACCGAACAAGCCGGCCGAGUUCCUUGCCAAGUACCUUGACGUUCAAAUGAGGACUGGCAAUAAAACGCAAACCGAUGAGGAGUUAGAUCGAGUCAUGGAUAAGGCAAUGGUCCUCUUCCGUUUUAUUGAUGGCAAAGACGUGUUUGAGGCAUUCUACACAAAAGAAUUAGCAAAACGUUUACUUCUAGGAAAGAGUGCUAGUGUGGAUGCAGAGAAGGCAAUGCUGUCAAAACUGAAGCAAGAAUGUGGUGUAAACUACACCCGAAAGAUGGAGACUAUGUUUCAAGAUAUAGAACUUAGUCGCGAGUUAAGUAAGAAUUUCCGCGCCUCCCAACAUGUGCCCUAUUCGAUCGAUUUCACUGUUAAUGUCAUAUGUCCCUCCUCGUGGCCCCACUAUCCCCAGCUUAUUGCAAAUUACCCACCUGAGAUGGUAGCUUUACGGGAGGACUUCACUAAGUUUUACCUCAGUCAUCAUCAGGGACGGAAACUCUCGUAUGAUUCUUCUUUGGGCACCUGCGUUGUUCGGGCCCUCUUCCCUUCGCCGAAGGAGCUGCAGGUGUCCGAGUUCCAGGCACUGGUUCUGCUCCAGUUCAACGGUCCCGAGGACGCGUGCCUCUCCUACUCCGCCAUCGCCGAGGCCACGGCCAUCGAGAAGACCCACCUCGACCGCACUCUGCUCUCCCUCGCCGCUGGCAAAAAUCAGCGGGUCCUCAUCAUGAAGCCACUGACGGUAGACAUAACGCCCGACCACCAGUUCAGCUUCAACACCAAAUUCUCCCACAGCUUGAUGCGCAUUAAAUUCAACCAGGUGCAGCUCAGGGAAACGAAAGAGGAGCAGGAGGAGACGGAGGAGCGCGUCCUCUCCGACCGCGUUGCCAACGUCGACUGCUGCAUCGUGCGUCUCAUGAAGGCGCGCAAGACGAUCGAACACAACGCCCUCAUCGCCGAGGUCUUCAAGCAGCUGCACUUCCCCCUCAAGCAAUCAGACGUGAAGAAGCGAAUCGAGCAUCUGAUUGAGCGUGACUACAUGAAAAGGGACAGUAGCAGCAGCUCGACUGCGCCUCCAGCCGAGUGCAUUUGCACGCACACCCACUCCUCCCUCCCUCCCACCCUCCUGUACAGCCAUCUUGCGGGUUCGCUCGUCUUCCAUCGUCUUCGCCCCACCAAAUUAAGCGCUGAUCCCUCCUCCUCCCACUCCACCUUGACCCCCAACUUCCCUCUCACCGUGCCCCUUCCCCAGCUCUCCCCACAACUCCAGUGUUGGUUCAGUCUGUUAUCGCUGAAGAUGCCAUCUUUAAAGUACGUACGCGAGAUGUUGGCAUCAAAUUAUCCGACGCAUGUGGCUAGUUCAUGGGCUAACUUGUCAUCAAGCGGUCCGUGUGUGCGACUUGUUUCUGAAACCAGCGGUCUACGUGCCUGGAAAGUUUAUUUAGAUUCCAAGGUUCACAGAGAUGCCUUGCGGAAGAUCAGUACUCUUGGCCGGCAAACAAAGCGGAGGAAUCCAAAGGAAAAGCACAUCAAGAUUAAACUGGAGCGUAGCGUAUACCGAAGCUGUGAUGGCGGCGGAGCUUGCAUAACCAGCACAGAUGUCAACAACGCGGAACGACUUUCGUGGGGUGGAAUCUGUGGCGGGUUUCAGGGCGACGAUUCGAGGGCCCACCCUGCUGUGAUAGAACCAACUGUUGCCAAGACGACUGUGUGUCUGAGUGCCCCAGCUGUAGAUGACGCCGUCGGCGUCCAGAGCCAGACAAUGCUGACCACAGGGGUGCACGGAGACCUUGACGAUGCGCGUCUUGUCGAAAUUCUUCACGGGCACCAGGUGGUAGGCGCAACCGUUCAGUGGAACGCCGAGUCUAUCGCCGCAAGCGUAGCCUGCAGGAACCGCACAAUAGCGCGUACCGUCUAUAGCCGUGAUCUACUAUGUGCUUACAACAGGGGUAGCCUCGUGUCUAUGCCCCCUAUUGGACCAGUUCUCGUCAAAGAGGUUAACAUUUUAAUCGAAGAACGGCCGGGACAGAUGUCGGAGACAAAGGUUCACGAAAUUGUCCAAUUUAACCGAACACACGAGUAA